AUGGACACGAGACUCAAGUACAAGGAACAUAUCGCGAGGGCAGCGUCCAAAGGCCUGGAGGCAGCGAUGGAGCUUCGGCGACUUCGCAGCCUAGCGCCAGCAACCGCACGGCAGCUAUUCACAUCGACGGUGGCCCCGGUGUUAGACUACGCCUCUAGCGUCUGGAUGCACGCUUGCAAGGAUAAGGCCAGCGGACCGAUCAACCGAGUCCAAAGGGUGGGAGCGCAAGCAAUUGUAGGGACAUUUCUCACAGUUGCGACCAGCGUUGCGGAGCCAGAGGUUCAUAUUGCCGCUGCACAAAACCGUUUUUGGAGACGGGCCGUGAAAAUGUGGACGGACAUUCACACCCUGCCAGAAACCUAUCCGCUCCGCCGGAGCACAGCAUGGAUCAAGAAAUUCAGGAGGUACGAGAAAGCAGUCCGAGGGGGGAUGAAUAUCUUGGUAGGAUAUGUCCUUUGA